CAACAAAUCGUUAGCCAGGUCCGCUUCGCGUAUUAUCACAGAACGGUUCACAUGGUAUUCGGAACACGGUGAACUGAAAUUAUGCUUCAAGCUGAAUACCAUGUUCGAAGAAUGUGUCGAAAUACGCAGUUUUUUUAUUAACUGCACGCAGUAAUGAAGAAUGAAAAUUAGCACAGCGAGUCAUAAAUUAUUCGCGUUUCUUGGACAAGUUUAAGAAUUACGAAAAUAAUCCUUUGUCUCAUGAGUAAAACAAUUCCAUUAUAAAUAUGGAAUACGUUGAUUUCGACUAACAAAAAUAAUUUAAUGUAAUAAACAAUCUAGCGUAGUGUUCAAAAUGUGCCUCAUAAAUGAACUUAGAGAUAAGGGAAAAGUGAUUGGCAGUUUUUGGUCCUACAGUGAUCUAAAUUAAUAAUAAUAAAUUAAUAAUAUAUAAGUAAUUUAAAUUAAUGAUCUAAAUUAAUAAUAUAAGUAAUCUAAAUUAAUGAUAAAUCUUACUAAGUUGAUGCGAAAGAUUUGUCGUCUUUCUAUAAAACUUUAUCUUUCAAACGAAAUCGACGAUUUGCCAGGAAAUGAAAAACAAAAAAUCCUUGCGAAUAGAAAAAUUAAUCACUCCUGGCAUUUUGAAUUUUUUUCCCCCAGCUGCGCGUCGUCAUCGACUGCUCGAGCGAUGAGCGCAAACGGAACAAAGCUCUCGCAUCGACUUAGCGUACGUAUCAUCUCACCGGUUGAAUUAAUAAAUUAGAUGAAGAAACGCGCAGUUGUAAUUGCUAAAUAUCGGCCUUGCCUUGCUGCGGCGCGCAGCUGCCAAGUGGCCAUUUCCUAUUUCAUUUCAGAUGCAAAGCGUGGUCCACGUAUGGCCGCGUUACGCUUCUCGCUUUGAAUACGCGCGUGCCGCGCGCAACCAGUCGGAGGCAUGUGUACGCUCGCAACGCUGCGCUCCAUCCCCGACGGCGUUGUACGUACGACUGCGGGUCGCGAUGUGAGCGGCAAAAUGUAUUUUAUCCGGCAGUGCACUGAUAAGAGAGAUAACGAGGCGUACACCGCGUGUACAUCGGUUACGGAAUUAUCAGUUACAUGUCGAUUCCAAUAGAAUAAUCAUCAUGGUUCGCGAUCGCAUGUCUGAUUUACUUGCCAGCCGUGGUAACAGCAGCACCUUUGGCAGAGGAUUCCUGCGGGAUGUGCACCUCCAGAUUGCCCAGAAUAAGAAGCUCAAGGAAUUGCUCGAGGAAGUCGGGGAGAUCCGCGCGCUGAUCCACCUUGUGGUCGAGAACGUUUCUAUCGUGAAGGAGCUGCACGGCAAUAUCCUCUCGCACACGAACAAAGACAUGCAGAAGGAAUUGGAGGUCCGCACGUGCACGAUCUCGCAGACGGCUUUUCACGUGCAACGCAAGUUACGAGACAUAGGAACUGGUAUUACUAUCAUCGACGAUUUCACUGCGGCUAGUGCGCAGGAUGGAUCCACAUACACAAGAAUUAAAAUUUUGCAAUACACAACAAUGCUGCAAUUAUUUUCUGAAGUCAUGAAUGAUUACAAUACGUCGUUACUGAAAUAUCACGACAAGUGCCUCCUGCUCUUGCAGCAACAGCGUUCUUUACUAAGGCGACAAGUUACCAGCACAGAAUUGGACCACUUGCUGGAUACUGAAGGAGCCAGCUUAUUCGUUGACAAUAUCUUGGAAGAUAGCAAGGUAGCAAGGCAACAAUUAUCCGACAUAGAGAGCAGACACAACGAUGUUUUGAAAUUAGAGAAAUCGCUCACGGAAAUCAGGGACAUGUUCGCAGAAAUAGCAUUUUUAAUCGAGAAGCAAGGAGAACAAGUUAACAACAUAGAAUAUUUUGCUAAUAAGACUACGAAUAACAUCGACGGCGGACGCACUCAGCUGAAAAAGGCGGAACACAAGAGUCACACGUGUAGAAAAUGGAAGAUCAAGAUCACCAUUAUCGUGAUAAUAGUAAUUUUUCUUCUACUUAUCAUUGCAUCUUUUAACACUGCACGAUAAUAUCGUUUUAAAUAAAAAUAUUUCAAGUAUUAAAUUAAAGUCUGAAUGCGCUAAUAAAUAAAAAUAAAAAUAUUUCAAGUAUUGAAGACCGUCUUAAUUGCGCUAAUAAAUAAAAAUAUUUCAAGUAUUAAAAACUGUCUUACUGCGCUAAUAUACCAUAAAUUAUGAAUAAAAAUAUAUAUACUUCAUGUAACACACGUGUAUCGCGUAUAAAAUACUGAUAUUAAAUAUACCGAAUAAUAAA